AUGCGUGUAGACAAGCUUGAAGGCAGUAAUAACUGGACCAAGUGGAGAAGACAAAUUGAGUUGUUGUUGAGACAUUACGAUGUUUUAGAAUACGCUACUGAAAGUGUAAGUGCGCCCACAUUAGUUGAAGGGACAAAUGAAGAGGCUAAAACGGCGCAUGAAAAACAAGUUAAGAUUUUUCGUAAAUCAGACGCAUUGGCACAAUUAAUUCUGUUAGUUUCAGUUUAUGAACAAAGUUCAGGACAUCGAUUGGAUCGUUUGAUGGAAAAAUUCUUUACAAGUUGUAAAGAAGCUUCCGAAGAUGUGACAACACAUGUAUCACGGUUGCAACGAAAAUUCUAUGAGUUCAAUGACGAACUUAAGCGAGUAGCAAAAACUGAACUUCCUGAGUUACUAUUGAUGACUCGAAUAAUGCCGACGUUGAAUGAAUAUUUUGAAUUUAAAAGCGUGUGGGAAUCGGUGCCAUUGGAAGAUCGUACGUUAAAUCUUCUAACUGAAAUGUUGCGUUGUCAUGAAGGACCUUGUAAUACUUCGAGUGACGCAUUUAUGAGCGAUUCAGUGCAGGAAACUACGGAUAUCGUAUUUGUGCGUUUUGAUGACGGUGUGCAAAGGGAUAUGUGGUUAGCUGAUUCAGGUGCAACAGCCCAUAGGACAAAAAAUCGUGAGUAUUUUGUCACGUAUUCAGAAUUUCUUACUCCUUUGAAGAUUAUGAAUCCGUAUGCGACAAUACCGAAAAACUUAUAG